GUGGAAAACUCUCUGUCAACGUAUGAGCCGCACGCGUGUGUUGUUGUCUACUCCAUCGUAAACCGCGCCUCUUUCAAGACAGCUGAGGAAAUCCUGAACUAUCUCUGGCGCGAAAGCUAUACCAAGGAGAAGUCGGUGAUCGUUGUUGGCAAUAAGGCUGAUCUGGCGAGGGCGAGGGUCAUACCUCCCAAUGAGGGCAAGGCUCUAGCUGCUUCGCGAGACUGCAAGUUCAUAGAGACCUCCAGCGGCAUCCAGCACAAUGUGGACGAGCUGCUGGUCGGCAUCCUCAAGCAGAUCCGGCUGCGUGAGACACGAGAUAAGAAGCGGGCUAAGAGGGGAGUCAAGCGACUUCAUGGCUCCAAGACCUCCUUGUCGCUGAACAUCGCACGUGAGAUAUUGCACAAGAUGUGUCUCACAGACGGCAAAUCCAAGUCCUGCGAGAAUCUACAUGUUUUGUGAGCAGAGGACAGUCCCCCUCCCGCUCGACAAGUCCGCAAGCCCCCGCUACUGUACAGGUACGAGCGCCGUAGAAAAGCAGCUUCCAAGUCCAACCACUACAUUCUAAAUCCUCUCAACUCUUCCUUCCAGUGUUUCUACUUUUUCUGCGAGACUGGAGGCGCUAUAGCCGAGACCCAGGUGUGAGUUACAACACUCCAGAGGGACUCCAGUGACUAUCCAGGAGAUAGAAGUUAUGCUUCCAAAACAGCUCACUUAGUGUUGUCUGAGGUCCUUCAUACAAGCCUUAACUGUUUUAACUACUCAUCGUUAUUCAACCUUGAAUACGUUGUUGAACUCACUUCAGCAAGGAAAUGUGUCUUAGUGAGUUUACUCUUACUUGUAGUUAUUAACGUGAAAACUAGCGAGUCUAAUGUUUAUCGUAUACAAAGGUUUGCAAAUUCAAGCAAACUUCUCAGAUGUAACUAAUAACGAACAUAAACUUAUAUAGUUACACUAAAAUACCAAAACAAAUUACUCUUUUUUUUAAUGUUUCUAUAUUAGUUUAAUCUAUUUAUAAUAUUAUUACUAUUCGUUGAGAAAAGUUGGCUUUUUCAAGGUAUAGAAUUUAAAGGUUUAUUACUUUUUGAAACUUUCUUUUUAAAGUUGUACAUAAGCUUUCCAUUUAUUGUAUUAUAAAUUUAAUAGACUGUAUAUGAGCUUGGCUUUAAACUUUAUUUCCAAACUUUUAUUAUUGUCAAUCACGCUUAAACUUACAAUAUGUACUUGCACUUACAGCAGCUACUGAAAUCUGGUAUAUUCUCUAAGUUAAAAAUACCUCAUCUGUUUUUAUUUCAGUGUACGCAAAAUUACAUAGCCAAUAAUACCGGUAGUCUACGACCUUUAUUCUGACAAGUUUGGUUGAAAUGUCGUCUUUCUGUGUUAGAACUGUAAUUAGAAACCUUUGUAAUAUUUUGUAUUAAAAUUGUUCGCAAGAAAAAACCUAUCAUCUUAAUUAUUGUACUGAGUGUAAAUCUAUGUUAAGCAAAUUUGGUUGUGUCCUACCUCAACUGUAUCGAUGGCCUAAUAUACUUUGUAUACAUACAACUGAUUUUUAUAUUUAGCCAGCGAACACUUAGCUUAUAGCUGUUAUAUAGCUUUUAUACGCUUCUCUCGGAAGCUCCGGUUUAUACACAGGUUGAUUUAUAUUUUCCAUGUCGAUAUUUCUGUGUCAUAAAAGUAUUUAUUUUUAUUACAAACCUCUCGAGUAUAUUUAAUUAUAUUCGUAAGAUAAUACGUGUUAUGGAUAAAAAUAUAUAUUGUGUAAUAUGUUAAUUGUUAUUGAGGAAUAGAAAAACAAUCAAUAUUUUGGCAGUAGUUUUAGACGUGAUUCUCUAGCAACAUAAUGUGAUAGUAGAUCUUAUUUGUGUAUAACAUGUAUAAUGUUGUCUGUGAAUCCACCUUUUUCUUCUUUUAACUAUGAUAGAGGCGAUGUACUGCAGAUGCUGCCAUGUUUUAAUAAACACAAAUAAACUUAGCCACACAACUUAAAACACAAUAAUAUUACUGGAACGUUUUGUACGUUUUUAUGUUUAGUGGAAUUGCUGGGUAGUCUUAAACAUGUUUAAAUAAGCAGUCAUUUGUAAUUGGAAAUAGUACAGAUUUCUAAUAAUUUCACAUGAUAGACACAGAUUAAUCCUUUAUACGAUCAACUAAUAAUAUUGCUAUUGGAUUGUAGAUAUAAGAUUGUUACGAAUCACUUUACAAGUCUGCUGGCAGACUGGUUAGUAGCUUAGGGGAGUAACGACUCAUUCGUUGAGUCAUAGGUUUUAAGGAAACUUUAAUAGCCAAAAACAUGUAAAAAAUCAUUCCAAAACGCUAUGUUCAGUUGUAACUGAUUUUGAAAUAAAUAAGCAACAUUGAUCAAUAUUUCAAUAAAAAUUACAACAUAUAUUAUAUUCGCUUUAUUGAAUCAAUUGUUGAUUGUCGAUAAGCCUGAUUUGUGACUUGCUUGAGAAAUUUGAGCCUGAAACCAUUUAAGGCAGUUGCUUUUCAUAUUUUAUUUAUCAGUCUACACAUUAAAUCAACUUUAUUAUUUUUUCAAUCUAUUGUAUCAUUAUGUUGUAGUCAAUUAUGCUUCAUGUUGCCAUAGUUGCUACAGUUUAAAACUAAUAUCUCAAAGAGGUUGUAAGUAAUAAAUUAUUAUUACUUAAUUCUGUACAUAAAUUGGUAUAACUUAAUUUUAGAAGGUAUGUUACGUUUGAUUUGCUUCUUGGCUUGCCAUUAAGUCCAAGUUCCACACUUUAACAAGACUGAUAAGAACUGUUUAAUAAUUCUUUUAGACAUUUGUUUAGUUAUUAUGUUACUGAGUAUUACUAUGUAUCCUCAAUUCUGCUGAUGUUUCUCUAUAAAUCUAAAAUACAUAUGUAUGAAGUAA